AAAAAAAGGCUCGUUCUCUUUUUUCAGCGAGAGAGAUUGAGCUAGCGAUUCGUGAACUCAAAGAAGUGGAACUUGAUAAUGGCGAGCUUGGUGAGCUUAUCGUCUCCUUCUUCGUUCGUGUCUCGCUCUCGUUAUGAUUAUUUCUCGCAAAGCCAAGGCAGAAUUGAUUUUCUCAAGAAUGGUUGGUGUCACGGUCCGAGUCCGAGUCCGAGUCCGAGUCCGAGACCACUGGUGGUUUCCGUGAAUUGCUUAUCUCCGGGACCGGGUCAAGAUUCUGAAUCUGAAUCUGAAACGACGGCGUCUGCGAUUGCUACCAAUUGGACUGACAAAUUGUGUGCGGGGCUCGGAGGGUUAGGGUUUGUAGAGACGACGUACUUGACGUACCUCAAGCUCACCAAUUCCGAUGCCUUUUGCCCUAUCGGAGGUGGCAGUUGCGGCGACAUUCUCAACAGUGAAUACGCCGUCGUUUUUGGUGUUCCUCUUCCACUUAUAGGGAUGGUUGCAUACGGGUUAGUUGCAUCACUGGGUCUACAGUUGAGUAGAAAGAACUUGCCCUUUGGAAUGGAUGAACCUACGGGUCGUUUGAUUAUACUUGGAAGUACUACCUCCAUGGCGGCUGCCAGUGCAUAUUUUUUGUACAUUCUUGGAACAAAAUUUUCAGGAGCAUCAUGCUCAUACUGUCUAAUGUCAGCUUUGUUGUCGUUCAGCUUAUUUUUCAUCAGUUUAAGGGAUUUUGGGUUGGAAGAGAUACAAAAAGUGGUUGGUUUACAGCUAUGUAUAGCUAGCUUGGUAUUUGUUACCCUAAACACGUCAUACAGUACUUCUCAACCUAUUUCUUCAAGCUUGGCUGAAAUUGACCUCCCAUACUUUACAACAGAGAUCACAACAACUUCAAGUCCUUUUGCUGUUUCUCUUGCAAAGCAUCUGAACUCCAUAGGAGCUAAAAUGUAUGGGGCUUUCUGGUGUUCACAUUGUUUAGAACAAAAACAGAUGUUUGGGCUUGAGGCAGCGAAGCUGUUGGACUAUGUGGAGUGCUUCCCUGAUGGAUAUAGGAAAGGAACAAAAAUGGCCAAGGCAUGUACAGAUGCUAAAAUUGAAGGUUUCCCAAUGUGGGUGAUGAAUGGUCAGGUUUUGAGUGGCGAACAAGAAUUGUCAGAGCUGGCGCGGGUUUCCGGGUUCAAGUAUAAUUAAUUUAGUUAGCUCACUUAGAUCAACGUAUUUUUGUAGUAUUGUAGCACAUGUACAGCUUAUAGAUGACAUCCCCGUCACUCAUUGAUUACAACCUUUGGGUCUCUUGUAACUGUUGUUUCUUGCAAAUUCUGUACAAAAAGAAGCAACGAGAGGUAUAGAUGUCUGAGAACACAUCCUUAAUUCACAACAUUUUGGGGACU